AUGUCAAUGACACAGAUCAUUUGGUUCAGUCUUCUGCUUUGCGUCACUUUGGCUUAUAAUAAAACUUUCUCUCCACUUAAUCCCCCCGCAUAUCAUUAUCCUGGCUAUAACCCAGGUGUCAGUCUGAACCUUUGCCAUACAUCUGAUAUCGUCGACAACAAUUUGGAGACAUUGCCUGACCAUAAUGACGAUACAUACAAGAGCGACCGGGAACAAGUGACGAUAAUAACAAAUGAUGAACAAUCCCAGGAAGUCACCGACGGCUUCGCUUAUAAUAUCGAACGGGAAAAUACUGAUCGAGAAUUGUUGGGAAUAAACGUUGACAAAGAUCUCUUCCCUGAACUCAUCUGCAAUUUAUCACCAUUUAAUUUAGAUACCAGUACAAGCAAUAUUGGUGGAGAAUUACCGGGAAUAAAUGAACAAAAUCGUGUAUCGGAUGCAUAUCGGAUGCAUAUCGGAUGCAUUGCGAGCUUUGAGAAUCGCGGUGAAUAUAGAAAAUGCAAGAAAACGCACGACGAACCAUUCACUUACAAACGCAAACGAUCCGAUUGUGGACGAACUUUCAAUCAUUCAUCGUUUACCUCUCACAAUGAAACACAUCAAACUAAACAUCAAUGUGAAAGCCAAAACGAAAUUCGUGAGUGUUCUUAUCGC